AAGCCGCCCGCGUCGCUGCGUCUCUAUGGCAACGGAACAACAACGACAUCAGCUGUAGCGUAGACAACAUGGCGGAGCCGAGGAUGGAGAGAGGUGGACACACACCUAAAAGAGUUUUCAUCAACAACACGGACUCAUACGCUUCCCAGCACAUCGCCAAGUUUCUGUCUGAAUGUGAGCUCAGACCACCUGCUGGUCCAGAGGGACAGACGAAGACUGAGGAUGAGGAGGACAGAGAGGUUCCACACCAGAACCAGAGAGCAGAAGGAGCCUUUCAGCUGGUCGGAACCGCCUCGGACCCACCUGAGGAGGACAGAGUGUCUGUGCUGGAGCAGUACAGGAACCUGAGCAGGGAUGAGCUGCUGUCGAGACUGAUGGACUGUGACGUUGUGAUCUACAACGUGACCCAGCAUGUGGAUCAGGUAGAAGAGGCCUCCUGGGCGGUUUCAGCCCUCCAUGAUAAUAUAAGCCAUUUUUCUGGACCGAAGAUGUUCAUCCUCAUCUCCACUGUGAUGACCUGGGCCUGCAGCAAGUCAGUCGACCCUGAGGAUCCGGAUCUUCCUUUCACUGAUGAGAUGUUCAGGAGAAGACGAGCACAUCCCAACUUCAAGCAGCACAUCGAGCUGGAGAAGAGGGUGGUCAAAAUGGGCAAAACUAACAAGAACUUCCUGACGUACGUGGUCGCGUCUGGACUUCAGUACGGGAUGGGAGAGCAGAUCCUGCACUACUUUUUCAAGACGUCGUGGCUGGGACAAGAACAAGAAAUACCUGUCUUUGGAGACGGCAACAACAUUGUUCCCAUGAUUCACAUCAAUGACCUGGCAAGUGUGAUUCAGAACGUGAUCGAACUCCAGCCCAAGCCUCGUUACCUGCUGGCUGUGGACGAUUCCAACAGUACCAUGGAGGACAUUGUGAAGACCAUUGCCUCGGCGCUCGGACCAGGGGAGAUCCAGAAGAAGCCAUUUGAGGAAGCCUUCCUCGUGCAGGACUGGAGUGCGAUGGAGAUUGAUUCCCUGCUGGUCAACCUUCGUAUGGAGGGCGUCCAUCUCAAGACUCCGUUCCCUGUGAACUGGUCCUGUGAGUCUGGGCUGGUGGAGAACAUGGCGCUGGUGGUGGAGGAGUACCGGCAGACCAGGGGCCUGCUGCCCCUCCGUCUGUGUGUCCUGGGCCCUCCUGCAGUGGGGAAGAGCACAGUGUGCAAACAGAUCUGCGAACACUACGGACUCCAUCACAUCACACUGAUAGACACCAUCGCUGAAACCAUCGCUCAGCUGGAAAAAACUGCGCAGAAUGCCGAUCCAGAUGCAGACAACGACGACUCUGCAGCAGAGGCCCAGGAGCAGCUCAGCAGCCUGAAGGCCAGUAUGGAGAGGAAUGGAGGUAUCUUGGACGAGCAGCAGCUGGUGAAGGUGUUGAAGGAUAAGCUGAUGUCUAACCCGUGCAGGAACCAGGGUUUCGUCCUGGACAGCUUUCCCAAAACAUAUGAACAAGCUAAAGAGCUGUUCUAUGUGGAGGAACAUGAUUCAGAAGAUGGAACGACCCUGACAUACAGCAAGAGAAUUACUCCAGAGUUCGUGCUGUGCCUGGACGCGUCAGAUGCCUUCCUGAAGGAUCGGGUGAUGAACCUGCCUGAGAGGCAGGUCCAGGAACACAACUACGAUCAGGAGCACUUCCUGCGACGGCUGGCCACAUACAGAGAGAGCAACAUGGAAGAUAACACUGUCAUCAACUACUUUGAGGAGCUGGACAUCAGCCCUCUUUACCUGGAGAUCACCAGCAGCAGUGAACCUGACUGCCUGCUGCUGAUACAGAAGAUCUUCCACACGGUGGGCCAGCCCAGGAACUACGGACCCAACAUCCAGGAGAUGGAGAGAGAGCAGAGGAGGAGGGCUGAGGUGAGGAUGAAGAGAGAGGCCAUGCAGCAGGCUGAGGAGGAGAGCAGGGAAGCAGAGGAGGCCAGGCGAAGGGCUGCACGCUGGGAGGAGUGGACCAAGGGCUUGGAGGAGGCGAGGCAGCAGGAGGAGGAGCUGUUGGAGGUCCAGACAGUCCCGAUGAGGAACUACCUGAUGGAGCAUGUCAUGCCCACACUGACCCAGGGUCUGAUCGAAUGCUGCACAGCCAGACCACAGGACCCCGUGGACUUCCUGGCGGAGUUCUUGUUAAAGAACAACCCCUUCAACUACUGAGAAGAGAAAGAGAAGGUCAUUUUUGUGGUUGCCAAUGAUACAAACUGAAAUAAAAUCCUUUUUUCCCCUCA